AAAUCAGUCUUGUGGAUUUAAGUCCCCUGAAAGACUCUCUGGACUUUGCUUCAGAAGAAACUUCAAACUGUAUCUGAAAUCUGAGCUCUUUCUGGAUCUGUUUUUUCACUUAAUCAAGAGGCCGUCCUUCUCUUUCUUUGUCUUAUUGAGAUGAAUUCAUUUCAAGACAUGUACAGGAAAAAGGGUUUUAUCUUCAAAAUACCAAAGCUCUUUGUCAUUUUACGUUACUUUAUUUGGUCAUAACUUUAAUGCUACUAGUGAAUGUGUGUCAUACUUGUGGGCUUGAAUAUCUUAGGGUGCACUCUUUGUCUGGGUAAAUCUUUUUUCCAUUUCAACUACCCAGAAGAGGCUAAUCACAUGAAGAACAUGCUGCCAGAAAAGACUGCAGGACCUACACUGUCCGUCAGCACGGAUGCAACAAAGUUUCAUUCAAAUGGCAGUACAUUGGUUGGAUCCAGCAUUCGUGGCACACGCUCCAAGGCGGAGCUUCAGGAGUUGAUGGAGAGCUUGCAGCGCAGGAAGUCCGCUCUGGAGGCCAGCUUAAAGGCUACUGCAGACCGUGGUUACCUCACUUUGUCCCCACCUCCCAGUCCCCAGUCGGCAUCAUCCUAUCUACAGGACCGUCCACCCCUUUCUAUACGAGUCCCUUCUCCUUAUACACCCUCCAGCAGCUUAAGCAUGCCACCAUCACCUCAUCACUCGGAGCGGCCCAUAAGUCCAGUCCCAAGCCACACUCGUGCCCGACACCAAUCGCAGGACAACUUGUUGCUUUGCCUCCCUUCGGAAGGGCGAAAUCCUAACACUGCCAACUCGCUUCUCUCAAUGUGGAACGGCUCUUCUUCGUCUUACGUGACCGAUGCUCAUCUUUCAUCUCGCCGAGGUCCAAGCGGGGCAGCCAGCAUGCCCUCCAGUCCUCGCUUGGGGCGCAGGCUGAUAGCAAGGGAUGGGGAGUCCACCGUUGACCCAUCGAUCCGCCAAAGGAAAUACUCCACUGGCUCUCUGAAUGGCCUGGGAGGACACAGUCUCUCUCUGCCCAGGUUGUAUCGAGGAGAUGCCCCGGUGCUUUCUUUGCCACCCCGACGUACCACCAAACCACGCCGCAGCCUUCAAUACUUGGAGAAGCCUCCAGAUGUGACCGUGACAGCCAACAUGACUAGCAGUUCUCGCCGGGCCAGCCUCUGUUCCGUAGGUUCUGCCCCAUGUUUGGAUCUAGGAGUAGGAGAAAGGCGGCUGUCGUUUGGUAAAGGAGGCCUGGGGCCCGGCAUGGGGCCAAGGAGGGGCAGUAUCAGUUCUCUCAGUGGAAAAGAAGAACUCCGAGAUUAUCAUCAGAGACAAAGAGAUGAGAGACUACGAGAACAGGAAGUGGAAAGAUUGGAACGUCAGCGUCUCGAGACGAUCCUGUGCCUGUGCUCGGAGCUGGGCCGGUCUGAACUGUGCCGGAUGGAGACCAACUCAGGUGUCUCAGCUGUAUCGGACCUACAGAAGAUCAACCGAGAGCUGGAGAAGCUACAGGUGUCUGAUGAUGAAUCUGUGUUCUCAGACUCUGCAGCAGUGUCUCCGGACAGCGGGUUUCUGGGUAAGGCUCGUGGAGAGAUCCUGACCCAGAGACAGCGCAGACUCAGCGGACACAGGGAGACCAGGCCCCAGUCACCCACCACCAGCCUGCGGAGCUCAGUACCCUCACCCUCUCCACACCUCCGCAACAAGCAGGUGUCUGAAGACUUGCAGCUGAGACAGGAAGUGACACGUAUUGAAGAGGAGAGGAUUCAGGUGCUUAACAACAUCGAGGAACUUGAACAGAAGAUCAGAGAUCUAGACACACAGAUGGAUGAGUCUAUCAGAGAGAUGGAGGUGGAGAGAGCUCUUUUAGACGGGGAGCAGGAGGCAGAAGUGGCUCAGCUGCAGAGCGAUAAAGAAAUGCUGGAGCAGCUCAACGAAAAAAUGGCCAACAUGGAGAAAAAUGCUAAAAAAAAUCAAACUCAGGACAAAGCCCUGUUGGAGGCAGAGAGAGUUAAAGUAGAGAGGCUAGCUGAGCUGAUCUCAGAGCAGAAGACCCAGUUGGACACCUGUCCUGAAGCACUGAAGGAGCAGCUCCAGAAUCAGCUAUCCAGGGACACGGAAGCUUUGGAAGCAGAAACGAAGCGUUUUGAAGAUCUGGAGUUUCAGCAGCUGGAAAAAGAGAGCCGUCAAGAUGAAGAGAAGGAGACACAGACGCAGCAACUCCUCAGAGAGAUUGCAGAAUAUCAGAGAUCUGUUGUCACUCGCAAGGAGCGGCUACUAACCCUGAAGAAGCAGUCGACCCAGAUUACCCAGCAGGCACAGCGGGAAAAGGAGAACUUUUUGAAGGAGAAGAGCAACCUCAUUUAUAUGCUCCAAAGGGAACGGGAAAACCUUGCAUCUCUGGAAAGGAAGUACUCUGAACUGACAGGUGGUCAAGCCUUUUCUCUCAACCCUGUGUCCAUGAAGGAGCACUUUCGCACUCUGGAGGAGAGGAGGCGGAGCAAUGGCAGUAAAGAGGGCGGAGUUCUGUUGAGUGACGGCGGAAUGUCCCGUAAAAGAGAGAGGCAGAGCUCUGGAACCUUAAACUCUCCCCUUAAUCACAGUCUGUCUCCCAAGGUCAGACAACAGAUACGGCACAAAGGAAAACCCCAUAUGCCACUGUCUCAAAGCUCUAGCUGUGGAAGUGUACUCCCCCGCACUCUGUCUGUCACCUCCCGUGACCUGGACACCCGCCGCCUGCUCAAGGCAGGCCAGAUGUUUUUGAAUGACGAGAGGCAGAGAUUGAGUGACAUGUCAAAUAGGACAGUUUCAGAGACCAACGUCUUCCUGGAGCCAUUCCACUACAUGGAUAAUGGACACAACUUUGACACAAUGAGUGUGGACAGUACCGAAAGCCUAGAGACCAGCAUUUCGGCCUGUUCACCGGACAACAUCUCAAGCGCCAGCACAGCUAAUAUGGCGAAGAUAGAGGAGAUGGAGCGCAUGCUAAGAGAAGCUCAAGCUGAGAAGAACAGGCUGCUGGAGCACAGGGAGCGAGAGAUGGAGUUGCGCAGGCAGGCCCUUGAAGAUGAGAGGAGAAGGAGGGAGGAAUUGGAGAGGAGACUGCAGGAAGAGACAAACCGACGACAGAAGCUAGUGGAGAGAGAGUCUCGUCCUUUGACACGAUACCUCCCGGUGAGAAAGGAUGACUUUGACCUGAGAGGUCACAUCGAGGCAGCGGGUCACCAUCCUGAAACUUGUUUUCACCUGGCCAUCACAGAGAAGACCUGCAGGGGGUUCUUGGUCAAAAUGGGCGGGAAAAUCAAAACCUGGAAGAAGCGCUGGUUCGUCUUUGACCGCAAUAGAAGGACGCUAGCAUAUUAUUCUGAUAAACAUGAGACCAAAAUGAAGGGUGUUAUCUACUUCCAAGCCAUAGAGGAAGUGUAUUACGACCACCUAAAGAACGCACACAAGAGCCCAAACCCCUCUCUGACGUUUAGCGUGAAGACACAUGACCGGGUUUAUUACAUGGUGGCUCCUUCCCCAGAGGCCAUGAGAAUCUGGAUGGAUGUUAUCGUCACUGGAGCGGAGGGGUGUACGCAUUUCCUGGUGUGACAUUUAAGAAGCCCAAAGUGACCUUCACACUUCAGCUCGGCCUGCUGAAAGGGUCCUCAUUACUGAAGAGGUUACAUUUCUUUGAUUCUCUUUUAUUAGUAGUGGUAGAGGGUGACGUGAGUGUCGACUGUACGUUUUACAGACAUCCGUGACCUAGUUUGGAAAAACUGGUGCUUUACCCCACUGCGUCCUGUCUUGAGUUUACAGAGGCAGCUUUAAGACUUCAGACGUACCAACUCUUGAAUUUUUCAUCCCGUUUUGUUUUUUCCACUUCCGGGGUGAGACUUAGAACAGCUGUAAAUAUGAAAUCACUCACUGGUCUUCACAUUUUUACAAAUGUGCCAACUUAUAAUGAAGCUGGAUAUACCUCAAAGAUUAACCAAACACCAAAAGCAAACUGUUCCUGGAGUGCUAUACAGACUCUAACAAACAUCAGGGUAUCGUUCAGUACUUUUCUUUUUUUUUUUUUUAAAUGACCCUUGUAUCUCUGUACACUUUGUAUUAUUCCCUCAUUUACCAAGUGCCUUACAUUACAUCUGAUGAGAAUAACUAUAUAUUUAGAUAUAAGACUUGUAGAACAGACUGUGGUUAUUAUAAGUGUUAUCGACCAAUUGUGCCUCCCUGAUGCUCAGGAACUUUCCAGAAGGAAGAAUUUAGCACCAAAGACGAGCUGAAUUUGUGUUUCAGCAUGAUAUGAAUGUAGUAACUUGACACCAAUCACUUAAGGUGCUAUCUUUAAUAGACAAGGCUCUUGAUGAUUUAGCACAAAUGCUAUUUUCAUAGGAUUUUAGAUUAGAAUCAUUGAUUUCUUGAUUGUGUGUUGUACUGCAGUUGACCAGCAGAGGGUUGUAUCUUUAAAUGAUAUUGAAAUGAUUACAGAAUUUAUUCACUGCAACAAUUUCAUUUGACCCUUAAGUUGAAAUUUGAGAUGUUAAAUGUUUUGUUUUAUUAGCGCUGAACAAAUCUAUAUGCAUGUCUGAACUUUUUGAUGUCAUUUUUGUUAUGUAAGAAUCGGUAUAUGUUCAUUUAUAAUAAUAAUAAUACAAUAAUUAUAUGAAUAUUGAUGUCAGGAUGUAAAAAAAAUUGACACAGGUGCUAUCUGAGAGCAAAACGUUGUCUAGUUCAGUGGUUCUCAAGCAGUGUUGGGCUGGUUACUCAAAAAAAAUUAUAUUGCUCAUUACUAGUAACUCCUUUCAAAAGAAAUAUUAUAACAUUAGCAGGUAGAACCAACCAAACAUUUUGAGAUUCACAGUAGACAAAGUCAAAGCACCACUACACAAUUUACAUGUAUCAUUAAUGUAUGUUUCUAUUCUUACUCCCUUCAAAAUGAUAAUAAUGGCUAUAUGAUGUGGGCUUCUCUAUCUUCUGACAAAGCUAGCUUGCUGCAUUGGUGACAUCACAUGCGUACACGCAAGACAAUGAUUGUUCAAAUUAACAGCAUUGAUUGAAUUUUUACAUUUCAAGUCAUUAGAUUGUGACAAAAGUAACUAGCCAUUGCGACUAGUAACUAGUAGGGCUGGGCGAUAUAUCUAACAAUAUGAUCAUGCGCAUCUAAUCAGUAAAGCUGCUUCAUUGAUCACUGCUAAAGUCGCCAUCACCUGCUUAUAAUUGAAGUGGCAUUUAAUAGACAGAGCCGUAGAUCGCUGACAAGCUACGCAAUAUCGUCUUCAUUAUCGAAGGCGAUUCAUCUGCGAUAAUGAACGCGAUAUUGCGUAGCUUGUCAGCGCAUGAUCAUAUCGCAUGAUCAUAUCGUUAGAUAUAUCGCCCAGCCCUAGUAACUAGCCAUUUUUUGGACGGUAACUGUAAUAUUAUUACUUAAAUUUUAUUAGUAAUUAGUUACACUAAUAGUUACUAGUAAAAGUAUUAUUACUGCAAUGUGUUACUAGUAACUAGUUACUGCCCAACACUGUUCUCAAGUGCUUUUGCUUCAGGAACCUGAUUUUCAGACACGCAGAUUUUGACUUCAAUAACACGAUAUGGGAUGUGUUUUUCAUAAGCUUUUUUGUUUUACCAUCCAAAUGAUGUACUGUUUUAAGGGUAAUUUCAUUUAAUUUGCAUUGCUUUUCCCAUGCCUUCAUACCAGUUAAGAACCACUGAUCUUUGAAGACCAAAUCCUUCAUCAUUGUUUUCACUUAGUCUCAUUUAAAUCACGCCAUCGUUUCUGGCAAACACUUACACAUUUUCACCAACACUUUAGGCUGUGAAAUGAAUUACUUUUAGUUUGCCAGCCGGUAGAUCAAUGCUGAAGUGCACUUUGCGACUAAACCAUUUAUAGCUAUUCUUUUUCAGCUUUCAUUCAGUAAACAAAACAGUACACUACAGGAUAAGCACAGCAAAGCAUUAUAUUUAAAAUAUAUCUUUUAUAUUUUGCGUUUAUCAGUAUUUUCUUAAAGCCAUUCAGUGUUUUUUAAAUUAAAGCAAUAUUCUUAUUGUAAGCAUGUUUUGAGAUCAUUAAAAAUGUGAACCAUAAUAAAAUCAUGUAUGAGUUAAGCUA